AUGGACGAAGAAUACGACGUCAUUAUUUUAGGAACAGGAUUGAAGGAAUGUAUCUUAAGUGGUCUUAUGUCUGUUGCGGGCAAGAAAGUUCUGCAUAUGGAUAGGAAUAGUUACUAUGGUGGUGAAAGUACUUCCGUGACUCCUCUUGAUGAGCUCUUUAAACGCUUUAAUAAAAAAUUCCCUGAUGGUGAAGUCUAUGGACGUCCAAGAGAUUGGAAUGUUGACCUAAUUCCUAAAUUUUUAAUGGCUGAUGGCAAACUUGUCAAACUACUUUUGCAUACUGGCGUUACUCGGUAUCUUGAAUUCAAGUCUGUUGGGGGAAGCUAUGUGUACAAAGGCAAUUCUGAGAGUGGAAAAAUUUGCAAAGUUCCCAGCAACGAAACCGAAGCGCUUAGAUCGAAUCUCAUGGGAAUGUUUGAAAAGCGCCGAUUUCGUAAAAUGUUGAUUUACACUGAGGGCGUAGAUGAAGCUAAUUCUCAAACUUGGGAAGGUUUGGAUCUCCGUAAUUGUUCCAUGGUGCAAGUUUUCGAUAAAUUUGGAGUGGAUAAUAACACCCAAGACUUUGUUGGUCACGCAAUUUGCCUUUAUCGAGAUGACGAUUAUAAGAAAAAUUGUUGCGCCCUUGAUGCAAUAAAACGAAUGAAGCUCUAUAGUGAAUCAUUGAAUCGUUAUGGGACGUCUCCUUAUCUCUAUCCUCUUUACGGUUUGGGAGAAUUACCUCAGGCUUUCGCUCGCCUUUCUGCGGUUUAUGGUGGCACUUACAUGUUACACAAACCCUUUGAAGGUUUUGAAAUGGAAAAUGGCAAGGUUGUUGGUGUGAAGUCUGAAGGUGAAAUUGCUAAGUGCAAACAGGUCAUUUGUGACCCUAGUUAUGCGCCCGACAUGAUUAAACUUGUUGGAAAGGUUGUUCGUGCUAUCUGCAUUCUUGACCAUCCGAUCGAGGGCACUAAUGACAGCACUUCUUGUCAAAUUAUCAUUCCACAAAACCAAGUUGGCCGAAAACACGAUAUUUACGUCUCCUGUGUAUCGUAUGAUCAUAAUGUAGCAGCAAAGCCAUUCUUCGUCGCUCUGGUGGCCACCACCGUGGAAACCAAUACUCCAGAGCGAGAAAUUGCUCCCGGUAUUCGUCUUCUCGGACGCAUGUGUGAUUGCUUUGUAUCCGUUUCUAACAUCUACGAACCUACAAACGACGGAAAAGCAAAUAAUAUCUUUGUUUCCUCGAGCUACGAUGCCACAACUCAUUUUGAGACAACUUGUGACGACGUGUUGGAUAUUUACGAACGAGUUAUGGGCGAAAAAUUUGACUUUAGCAAAGUGAAAAUGAAAUUAGAAAUUGACCAGCAGUAG